CCAUCACAAACCCGCCCAGCUCCGCCUCUCCCUCUCCCUCUCCCUCUCGGCAGAAAUUUGCGCCAAGGAGGUCAAAGUUCUGUAGUCUAUAGUAGCCGUUUGAGAAGCUCCCAUAGGAUCACAUUGAGUUUUUCUGCGGCUCUGAUUUCAUGUGAUGAAUUCGAAAUGGGUCUUUCGGAGACUGACCUCCCGCCUCCCUCCUCCGCUCAAAGCUCCGACCUUUCAAGACGCUCCGUCACAAGCCGCCACUUUGGUCCUCGACCACGUACGCGUGAGCCACCUUUUGUCCGCUUGCGGCAGAGAAGGGCGCUUCCGUCUCGGCUCUUCCCUCCACGCGUCCGUCGUCAAGAACCCCGAGCUCCACGACCCGGGAAACGAGGACCUCUUCGGAAACGGUCCUGUCGUUUGGAACUCUCUCCUCUCGAUGUACGCGAGGUGCGGGGACGUGCUGGGCGUCGUCAAGCUGUUGGAUGAAAUGCCAGUGAAGGACACCAUUUCCUGGAACACUGCGUUAUCUGGGUUCCUGAGGAAUGGGGAGUUCGAGAUGGGUUUUGGGAUGUUCAAAAGAAUGUGGGAAGGGGGUGCUCGAGGCGUGGAUAAAGCCACGGUGACGACGAUUCUGUCUGGUUGCGAUGGCCGUGAGCUUUCUCGUGUGGUUGAGUUGAUGCAUGGCGUAGUCUUCAGGGGUGGAUUUGAAAGGGAAAUUACGAUAGGGAAUGCGCUGAUCACGUCUUAUUUCAAAUGCGGUGGCAUUGAUUGGGGAAUGCGGGUUUUUAAUGAAAUGUUCGAGAGGAAUGUGAUUAGCUGGACGGCUGUUAUCUCUGGCCUUCAGCAGAAUGAGUUUUAUGAGGAUAGUUUAAAGUUAUUUAUGAGCAUGCGUAGCGGAUCAAUCUAUCCGAAUACUCUCACAUACUUGAGCUCCAUCACGGCGUGUGCAGGUCUGCAAGCAAUAAACGCGGGGCGCCAGUUGCAUGGCAUUGCAUGGAAAUUGGGUAUUCGGUCAGAUUUAUUGGUGGAGAGUGCACUGAUGGAUAUGUAUGCAAAAUGUGGAAGUCUAGAAGAUGCAUUGGAUUUAUUCGAGUCUGCGGAGACUAUAGAUGAGGUUUCUAUGACUGUAAUUCUUGUAGGUUUUGCACAAAAUGGCUUUGAAGAAGAAGCUAUACAAGUAUUUCUGAAAAUGGUAAAGGCAGGGUUGGAGAUUGAUUCUAAUGUGGUUUCUGCUGUUCUUGGGGUUUUUGGUGCUGAUACUUCUCUAGGUUUAGGUAAACAAAUUCACUCUUUGAUUAUCAAAAGAUGCUUUUUUCAUAUUCCCUUUGUCAGCAAUGGGUUAAUAAACAUGUAUGCAAAGUGUGGAGAUAUCGUGGAGUCAAUCAAAGUGUUUAGUCGGAUGCCUUCAAGAAAUUUGAUCUCAUGGAAUUCCAUGGUUAACGCUUUUGCGUGUCACGGAGAUGGCUGUGGAGCUCUACGGUUGCAUGAAGAAAUGAAAAUGGAAGGUGUAAAGCCGACAGACGUUACAUUUCUCUCUUUGCUUCAUGCUUGUAGCCAUAUUGGCUUAGUUGAGAAGGGAAUGGAGCUUUUAGAUCUAAUGGAAAGGGAUUAUGGAAUUUGUCCAAGGACAGAGCACUAUGCUUGUGUUGUCGACAUGUUGGGACGGGCUGGCCGCCUUGCUGAAGCGAAGAGUUUCAUAGAAGGAAUGCCCAUGGAACCUGGUGUUCUAGUUUGGCAAGCCUUGCUUGGCGCUUGUAGCAUGCACUGUGAUUCUGAGUUAGGAAGGUAUGCUGCCGAGCAGCUGAUUUCUUCUGCGCCCGACACCCCUGCGCCGUACAUUUCGCUGGCCAAUAUAUGUUCUUCUGAAGGUAAUUGGGAAGAGAGGGCAAGGACUAUGAAAAGAAUGAAAGAGGCUGGGGUGGCUAAAGAAACGGGCAUUAGUUCGAUUGAGAUUGAGAAGAAAGUCCAUAGCUUUGUUGUCCGAGACAGGAUGCAUCCGCAAAGUGAAAUCAUUUUUGAAGUUUUAAAGGAGCUGUUUCUUUUGAUGACAGAUGAAGGAUAUAUGCCUGAUAAGAGAUUCAUUCUGUACUACUUGAACGCAGAAUAAAGCAGAAGCAAGUGUAGUUACUGACCAUUUGGAUUCAGUCUUGCGAUGAAGAGCAAAUAGGAUUAGAAUGUUAAGUUAGGUGAGUUAGAAAGAUAUGCUGACAGGAAGAAAGCAUGUCAGAAGUUAUCAUAAUUUCUGGUGGACACAUGACUUCGAGGUGAUUCACUUGAUGAACACCGUAACCUGAGUUUACUCGACCAUAUUUCAGGAAGUGGGUAGAGAUCCACCAAGGGCACUCUCUCUCGAGCAUGAAGUGGGGCUGUAUUCAUCCGGUGCAGUUUCGACGGUUGUUUUGAAGGAUUUCUCAAUUCUGUAGGUGAAUUUACUGAGAUGCUGCUAAUCCUAGAAUCAGCUGCGGUGGUGACAUUGAUGGGGCUUUGAUUCAGAAGAACCAACGCACGGCUGUGCCAGGCAUGAAAAGCCAGCUUUAAGGCAUCAGUGGUUCAGGUACCAGGAAGUAGAAAUACGUUAGAUUUGGUACUCUGGAGGUUUAAAUGAUCAUUGGAAUCUGGAUCACGUCCUGCUUGAGAGAUCACUCUUGUCAAGGGGUUCCCCAGCAUAAAACUAAGUCGAGGCAACGUGUAGAUUCCUUCUUCUGAUGAUUUCACAGUUCAGAGACUACUGUUUUGGAGGAGAUUCUGUAAAUAGGAGACGGCCGAGAAUGACAUACUCUGAUGGAGAGAGAUAUUUUGUCCGUGGCGAGUCAGGUUCGUGAGUUAAACGGAGGGGAUCGUUACAUAACUUGGGCCUUUCGAGGCUUGGGAGUGUUCCUGCUUCGAGUUUGAGGGUCUUUGCAACAUGUUCAAGAAGCCAAAUCGCCAUGGCGAUCAAGCUAUAAUAAGUCACGUCUUCAAAUACGUGCCAUAUAUGUUUUAAGAUACACACUCAACAUGUAUUCAUUAACACGCCCAUCCCCACUGAACUCAAAGUGAGGAAAGAGCCUUUUAGAAACAAAAAGGGGGAAAAAAGAAGAAAGCAUGACAUUUCUUUUCCAAA